AUGCCUUCCUAUACCUCAAUCCUCUCUUCGGCCCUCGGGGCGCUUCUCCUGUCGAGCCCAGCUCUCGCCUUCUCGGAGCAAUGCAGCACCUUCGAGUACCCCUUGAGUUGCCACAACAAAAGCGCUGUCGCCAACACCUGCUGCUUCAACUACCCCGGUGGUCUUCUGCUGCAGACGCAGUUCUGGGACACCGAUCCUGCUACAGGUCCGGCAGACCACUGGACCGUCCACGGCUUAUGGCCCGACGAAUGUAAUGGUUCCUACCAACAAUACUGCGAUGAAUCCCGACAAUACAAGAACAUCACGCAGAUCCUCGAACACUUCAAUCGCUACGAUCUGCUGGACUACAUGUCAGUAUACUGGAAGGAUGACGGGGGCAACGACGAGUCCUUUUGGGAACAUGAAUGGGGCAAGCAUGGAACGUGCAUCAGCACCUUCGAUACGUCCUGCUACACCGACUACGUACCUACACAAGAGGUGGUCGAUUUCUUCCAAAAGACACUCCAGCUGUUCUCGGUGCUGGACACAUACACGUUCCUCAAGGAUGCAGGGAUCGUACCGAGCACUACGAAGACGUACACCUAUUCCGAAAUCCGGAAAGCGUUAGUGCAGGAUCGCCACGUCAACGCUACUAUCGAGUGCACUGGUGCCAAUUCGACCGAGCUUGAUGAGGUAUACUACUACUACAACGUGUACGGAAGCGCGCAAGAUGGCACCUAUAUUCCGGCACAGCCAGACACGAAUUCCUCCAGCUGCCCAAUGACUGGAAUCCAAUACCUCCCCAAGAAUCUCACAAGCACUCCGAAGCAAAAUGGGACCUAUAAAUUUCUGUAG